AUGCCUGAUUUUUCUUCUUCCUCCUUCCUCACUCUUCCUCGCGCGGCUGUCCUUUGCCUUCCAACAGGGUCCGCUCUCCCGCCUGAGCUGAGACCUUCGGCCACUUGCAUUCCCAUUACCUUCAAUACGGUCGCGAAUCCUCUUUCCCUUCUUGGGCUCUCGGAUUCCGUACACCAUGACAAUGGGUUGUCCGCUGGCCCUCGCCCUGCCAUUGAAGCACAUCGGGAUCCGCUUAUGGUCUCGAUCCCAACUGUAGAAUACAAUCAGCUAACUCGAACUUCUCGCCGAUACGGUCAGUCAGUUCCCGAGCGAAGCCAUUUGUGUUUGAAAAGCUUGUCCUCUCCGCAUGUCUUCGUGAAUCUGUUGAACUUUUCCAGACUGUGUGCCAAUUUGAUUCUUGGGGGGACUGACGAGGAAACAAUUGCACCUCUGUUUGCUUAUCUCAUUUCCCAAGGUUCAAGACUAACAAGACUUGUGGUCAAGCUUCUCAGUGAGGCCCAACCUCAGGAGGGAAUAGACAACCUGGAACAGGAGCAUUGCUUCGAAACAAGCCCCGAAAGCGAGUCGACCUCGCCGACCUCGCCCCUUGAGAACGAAUCCAAUGGCUACCAUAAUAGGCUUGGCGAGUGGGUAGUUUCCCAACCUGAUCCUCCAAAUGAAUAUCCUCCCCGUCAAUCUUCAUUUGGUUCAUAUGUCUCUACGGGGAGUAGAGCAGAGAGUUAUCCCGUCAACUCAGGGCGCCGAGCGCCACGCGAAGGGAACAGAACGAUAAGCCUGUCGAAUCUUGCUGAGGGAACAACUCACCAGGAUGUCGCCAACAUGAUUCGAGGUGGCCAAGUUCUGGACAUUUAUCUCAGAUAUAGAGAAAAUACCGCGUCCGUCUCUUUCCUGCGCGAAGCUGAUGCCAAAGCAUUCAUGAGUCACGUUCGAAAGCAUGAUCUGUACAUCAAACAAAAGCGGAUCGAUGUCACCUGGAAUGAACGUCAGUUCACUCUUUCCGAUCACAUCGUUCGUAAGAUAUCCUCAGGGGCGACUCGGAACCUUGUUAUUCGAAAAUGCGGUCUCAACCAUACUGUGAAAAGCAUCCGAGAGGAUCUCGAGCACAUCCACAAUCUCGUUGUCCUCAGAGUCGAGUUCGCCAGGGGAGAUUGUCACAUCAGCACCAACUCGGUUACUGCGGCCACCUUUGCUCGUACUUGCAUGAUGAGUCGACUGAAAUACAAGGGCUCGCGCAUCGAGCAUGACGUCGACGAAUGCUGCCAGCCUCUGGAUCAGGCGCCUUUCAAACGCCUCAGUCGACCCAAACCUGCGGUGAAGGAGCGCCGGCCAAGCACGACCACAAACCGAUUCAAUCUCCUCGAUAUAAACCAUAGCGACGAUGAGGCAUAG